AUGUCGAAGGAGGAAUCUUCAAGUGUGCAGAAACUGCUAGCUUCUCUCCAGCAAGCUCAAAAAAAGGAGCCUGUUGUUUCAGUUAAUGAGCCGUCCACAUCAAAACCAAAAAAAAAUACAAAUGAUAAGCAGAAGAAGCGUGUGGACGAUAAAAAGAAGCAGAAAGGUGCUAGUGUUGGGGCAAGAAUGCAACAACAACAGGCCGAAAAUGUGAAAUCACAAACGAAGCGACCUCGUCAAAUAUCAACUUCAAAAGGAGGGGGACGGAAUGCAUCUGGAUCGGAAUAUUCGCAACAACAAUCGGUACAGCAAUACCCUCAGUCCAGAGGUCCACGAAUUCCAUCAGAUAUUCUUGAUGAGAUUGAAUUUCGAUUCAUCAGUAACAUGAUUGAAAGUGAAAUUAAUGAUGACAUUCGCGUUUGCUUUCAUCUUGAAUUAGCACAUUGGUACUAUAUCGAUCACAUGGUUGAAGACAAUAGAUAUACGAGAUGCCCGAAUGUUGGAACUCGCGACUUCACUAUUCAAAUGUGCCAACAUUGCCGAUCCUUGCGGAAGUAUGCUCAUCGGGCAGACGAGGUGAGAAAACUAUUUCAAGUAAUCGCUAAGUUCAGAGAAUACAAAUCUUCUGUACCAACCUAUGGUGCUAUUUUGGUGGAUUCACAACUACAGAAUGUAAUACUUGUACAGUCAUAUUUCGCGAAAGGAAACAAUUGGGGAUUCCCAAAAGGAAAAAUUAAUCAGAAUGAGCCACCUCGAGAUGCAGCGAUUCGUGAGACUUUUGAGGAGACUGGCUUCGAUUUCGGCGUUUAUUCGGAGAAGGAGAAGAAGUUCCAGAGAUUCAUCAAUGACGGAAUGGUCAGACUGUAUCUAGUGAAGAAUGUCCCAAUGGAUUUCAAAUUCGAACCCCAGACUCGUAAAGAAAUCAGAAAAAUUCAAUGGUUCAAAAUUGACGAUCUUCCGACUGAUAAAAACGACGAGCUGCCCGCCUAUCUCCAAGGAUAUAAGUUUUUCAUGGUCAUGCCUUUUAUACGCGAUAUCCAGUCAUAUAUUCAAAAAGAGAGGGAGAAGUUGAGAAGGCAGCAAGCUUCAGCUGCUCCUGUGGCCUCUUCGUCAGCCAAAUCCACACUACCCGGAGCAUCUGAGCAAUCUAUUCUGAGUCAGCUGUUUCCAUCCGUCACGAAGUCAGCAACAAACCAAAAUGUGACUCCUAAUCCACCAAUUCUGAAAAGACUAACUAGCGAAGAACUUUUCUCUGCAUUCAAAUCAUCGCCAAUGCCGCAGAACAAGGAAUCAGAAAUCAGCAGACCAGUACUUCCUGAUAUGUCUCCUUCGGUCAAUGGAUUGGACACUCUGGCUCUGCUGGGAAUAUGUACUCCACUCAAGGCGGGAGCCAGUCUUAAUCAGUUCGCUGCUCCACCUCGGAACUGCCCAAAAAUUAAUGAAGAGGUUGAGAAGAACUUCAAAGAUCACGAAACGGAGGUUGGAUUCGCGAUGCCAACUGAUUUACAACAACCUCUAGUAACUACCGAUCAUCCAUGGCAGCAAAACAGACCCUUAGAUAGCGGCGCUGUUCCAAAAACUAAUGACUCUCAUCAAGGAUGGCUGGAUACACCACUUGUGAAUACCAUCAUGCACUCACCAAAUCUACCUAUUCACUCUUCUCAUUCUCCUGCCACACCUUCAACUGUUCUAGGACAUUUAAUUGGAAAACCUAUUCAACCCCAACCAAUUCUACCACAACCUGCGAGUCAAAGUGCUUUGGGAAGCGCUGAAAAGCCGAAAAGCUCGAAAAUCAAUCUGAGUGACAAUUCCGCUUUCACAGCCAUCAACUCAACACAAAAGCAGCAAUCGGUUCCAAAAGCGACUGCAGCUCCAGGUUCGUAUAAAGUGCGAUCGUCGUCGUUGAGUGGAAGCACUAAAUCGAAAGCGAUACGUGGAUUGUUCAAUUCUGUCACUUCUCCUGUUUCGAGCGAUUUGCCAUCAGUCCAUGGAGACGAUCCGCACAUGUGGGAAGAAAUCUUGCUCCGUGAGCAAUUCGCUGCUACUGCCGGAACUAGUAUUUCCUCGCUUGCGGCUUCGAAUCAAGAACUGGCUAUGAUCAAUAGGGAUACGCCUAUCGAGAAUCGCAAUCCGUAUAUGAAUCAAAUCUAUCAACAGAUUCCAAACCGCCCAAAAUGUAGCGAGGUCCCUUGUUGUACCCAAUGGGCCAAGAAGAUUCAGCUCGACACGGACUAUAUUGCUGGACCAGUUUCAUCAUGGAUGCAACAGUUUUCACUUCACAAAAAGUAG